AUGGAGAAGGCGAAGGCGUACAUAAAGAGCUCGCUGGGCGCUAGCAAGCCGGCGUCUCCUGCUCGCGAGGCGGACGCCGAGCCGCGAGUCUGCUUCGUGUGCGGCGGGGCCGGCCUCGGCGACUGCUACACCGUGCGGGUCAAGCCUGGACCACAGAGUUCGGAACCGUACUUCCCGUUCCUGGGCGCUCACCCGCCUCCUGCUGGGUACCGCGCGGACGACAGCGAGGAGGAGGGCACAGUGCGCUGCUGCUGCGUUUGCUACACCUUCCUACGCCAGCAGUGGGAGCAGUACGACCGCGAGAACAAGCCGCACUCGCAGCGCUUCUACUGGAUGAAGCGGCUCGAUGGCAAGCCGUUCAUUGGCGCCGACAUGUCGUUCCAAGGGGAGUACGCUGCGCAGGUGUUGGGCCUGGGCGCGGAGACUGGAGGUCGGGACGAAUCUGGAACUCCGGGAGCUGCGGGCGCCGCGAGCGCAACCGCGGCUCGUGCCGCUGAGCCGCCGCCCCCCGCGCCCCCCACCACCACCACCACCAGCGCCGCGCCCGCCACCACGCCACGCCCCAAGGACCUAGAUACGAACCACAACGCCAAGUUUAACAACCAGCGGUACGGCGGCGCGGGCGAGGACGAGGGCGUGCUGGACCUGCGCGCGCGCGACCCGUCCGUCAUCUCGGUGGGCUCGCAGCACUCCGGCGUCUCCGAGCCCGCCGGCUUCCUCGACGCCGUCAGGUCGACUGUGUCGGUGUAUUCGGGCAACUCCAACUCGAGCUCGGACCGUGACAUCUUAGACUUGUCUAUGCCGGACAAGAACUCCAUGACGGAGGUGUGCUACGUGUGCGGCGACGAAUACAAGCGCGGGACGCUCUGCAAUCUUAAUACCAAGGAGCCCAAGGACAAAAUGAACAAGCAGGCGUACUUCCCGAUCUUCGGCGAGCAGCAUCCGAGGCCGCCGCGCUCGCGGCCCAAGGACGCGCAGGGCACCGUGCGCGCCUGCGCCGCCUGCCACCACCACCUGCUGCAGCAGUGGAACACCUACCAGGCCCGCGGCGUGGCGGCGCACGAGCGCGUGUACACGCUGCGCGCGCGGCCGCCGCGGCCGCCGUCGCUGCUGCCGCCGUCGCCGCUCAGCCUGGCGUCGUCGGGCGACAAGUCGCUGGCGGCGGCGGCGCGCUCGCCCUCGCCGCCCGCGCCCGCGCCCGCCGCGCCGCUCGCCACGCUCGCCCCGCACACCGCCAGCUUCGUGUGCUACGUGUGCGGCGUGCCGGCGCCCAGCAGCCAGCUGCGCCUCGUCUACUGCUGCGCCAACCCCGAGCGCGAGCCCUACUACCCCUUCAUCACCGCGCUCAAGCCGCACCCCGACGCGAGCCCCAUCAGCCCGCAGGGAAUGGUACAAAUAUGUGCCUCGUGCUACAAGAGCAUCCCGCACAAAUACCCCGCGUACGGCGAGAACGGAGAGCCCAACGCCGCGCACAACAACACGCAUACAAACAAUAUUAGGUUUAAGCCAUACGAUAUGAAGAGUUCUAGUUCCAGUCAAUCAAAUAAGCGGCCCUCUAACGCGCUCUCGAGUAGUCCACAGAGCCAAAUUAUCUCCGGGGAGAAUGGCAUGGGAUUGUACAGGUGCUACGUAUGCGCGGGCCUGUUCCCGCAGCAGUCGAUGGAGUGGCUGUCGACGACCGCGGAGUACAUGAACUCGCACGCGAUGCACUUCCCGUGCCUGGUGUCGGCGGGCGCGGGUGGCGGGGGCGCGGGCGGGGGCGGGGCGCGCGGCGGGCGCGUGCUGGCGUGCUCGCGCUGCGUGCGGCACCUGGCGCGCCAGUGGGAGCUCAUGGACGCGGAGCGCGUGCCGCUCGAGCACCGCAGGUACAACAUCCCAUCGCCGCUGCCAUCAAAUUCAUCGAUGAAUGGCGAGCGAGUGAUACCCACCCCACCUUCAACCACGUCGGAUAGGACCGUUGCCAGUAAUAGUGUUUGUACGUCAAUAUAUUGCUUCCUUUGCGGGUUGCAUUCGGAUUUCACGCUGGCGCGGAUAUUGUACGGCCAACCUCAGGGCAACGCGCCCUACUUCCCUUGUUUAUUGACUCAUCAGAGUCACCCCAACGCUGAGCAGUUAAGGGAAAACGGCUCGGCUCUAGUCUGCACUUUUUGUUACCAUUCACUGCUAAGUCAGUGGAGGAGGUACGAGGCGCUGGGCGGGUACCCGGCGGAGCGGCGCGUGUACAACACGCACGACUACCACUGCCACCUGUGCGGCAUCAAGACCUACCGGAAGCGAGUGCGGGCGCUGCCCAUCAAGGAAUUUCCAUUUUUAGUUCAAAGGCGGAAUGAAAAUUCAUUAUUAUUAGAAAAUGGCGACUACGCAGUAGUAUGUUUAGACUGUUACGAAAGUUUAAGGACGCAGGCGCAGGACUACGAGCGGCGCGGCGUGCCGGUGGACAAGCGCGAGUACAACUGGCUGCAGCAGCCGCCGCCGCCCGAGGACAGCGCCGACGUCACCAUCGCGCGCCUGCCCUCCGGAGACCGCUCCGACAAACUGAUCCCACAAUCCCUGGUGGUGUCGCGGAGUUCAUCAAAACGGAAUAGCCCAAAGCAAACGACGACAUUGCCCGACAGAAGAUUGGCGUCCACGAAGAUUGAGAAAUCAGAUCAAGGUGUGAGCGCGAACAAGAUCGCGAAGCGAACGGAUCUCGCCCCGAACAAGGGUGGUCCGUUCGCGGCGGCGUUGCGAACGCUCGCUAAAAACGCUGGCCCCGACGCCAAGGAUGGGACGGCGGCGGUCGAUCGGGAGGCGAAGGAGAAACCUCCGGCGCCAUCGAAACGUGCCUCGCCACAUCAUCUGUCUGCUAGUGGGUUCCAGCCCUAUCGACCUGAUGACAGAUUAACUCAUCCAGCGGCGGCAUCAUUUCCCCUUCUGGAACCUACCGCAUAUUCCCCUUACGCUCAUCCCGGCCUGUAUUCGAGUGCGGCGCUGCAAUACAGGCUAGCGGCGGAAGAGCAGAUGUAUCUGGAGCGGAUGUUCCGCAGCGGCGUGGGUGUCGGCGUGGGCUGGCUGCCGCCGUACGCGCUGUACCCGCCGCUGGCGCCGCCGCUGCCGCUCGUGCCGCACGCGCCGCACGCGCCGCACGCCGCGCACGCCGCACACGCCGCGCACGCGGCCCACGCCUCGCACGCGGCGCACGCAGCGCACGCCGCACACGCGGCUCACGCGGCGCACGAGGAACGGGACAAGGAGCUGGCGCUGCAGCGGGAACGGGAGAGAGAGCGAGAGAGGGAGAGGGAGCAGCGGGAUAAGGAACAGAGGGAGCGAGUCGCGCGCGAGAAGGAAUCGCGGCGCGAGGAGCAGCGCUCGCUGCAGCAGCGCGCGCCGCUCUACCGCCCCUACCGACACGACGCGCCCGCGCCGCCGCACGCCUCGCCGCACGCCGCCCCGCACGCCCCUCAGCACGCCCCGCCGCACGCCCCGCAGCACGCCCCGCAGCACGCCCCGCAGCACGCCCCGCAGCACGCCGCGCUGCACGCGGCGCCGCACGAGCCCGAGCGCGGUGAGAGCGCAGACGCGCCCGCGUGA